AUGGUAGACUUGGGCCCCAACAUCGAAAACGCUUUAUUUGGAGGGGCGGAAAUGCUCAGGAGGAUCCGGCGGGCAGAGAUGCUUUUAAACAAGAGAAACGUCGCCGCAAGAGAGGUCGUCCACUACACACAAAAACUGACUGCACUGAAGCAGCAGACGGUGCAGACGCAGAAGGCGAAAGUUCGUAUCCUUAGGAACGAGCACAAGCUCUCAAAGGCGCUGAACGACUUCUACGAGAAAGAGCAAAUAGUAAAAAUUCAAGCGGAGGGUUUUCUUGCGAAUCGGUUUAUGCUGGCAGCAUCUCACGUCAGCAGGGCCUUAUCAGUUUCAGCAGAUUUGUCUUCUUCUUUGUCUCCUUUUUGUCUUCCCCUUUUUCGCUCUUUGGAAAAACUCAAAUCCACUUUCUACUUGAAGAAGCAAAUGCCCUAUUCAGGCCUGCAGAAAGGCGAGUCUUCAGUCCCUUUGCUGCCUUCUUCUUCUUCCACUUUUGGAGAUAAAGACACAGGGGGGGCCCCCCAGGGUUUGGGGGCCCCCUGGCGAUUAGCAAGGACUUCUAGUGAUCUUAGCAGCGACACAGCAGCAGCAGCAGCAGCAGCAGCAGCAGCAGCAGCAGCAGGGUCUCCGGAGGCCUCGAGGGGCCCCCCAGACGCUGCAGAGGGGCCCCUGCUGCUGUCCCUGGAGUCGCUGCCAGAGCCCAGCCAGCUGCUGCCGCAGCAGCAGCUGCCGCAGCAGCAGCUGCUGCAGCAGCAGCAGCAGAUGCUGCAGGCUCGUCGCCAGCGGGCAGGGGGGCCCCCAGGGGGCCCCCUGGGGUCUUCUUUAGGGGCCACCCCACUGCACAUGGCUUCCUCAGCCCCUGACUUGCAGCAGCAGCAGCAGCAGCAGCAGCAGCAGCAGCAGCAGCAGCGGCAGCAGCAGCAGCCGCAGCCGCAGCUUUCACUGGGGGGCCCCUCAAGAGCAGCAGGCCGCCUCAAAGCUUCUCUCAGUUCUUCACUUUCUAGGGUCACUUCUGUUUUGAAAAAGGGACAUAAUGCUGACAGCAGCAGCAGCAGCAACAACCAGCAGCAGCAGCAGCAGCAGCAGCAGCAGGACUGGAGAAGCGGGGGAAGGCGGUUCCAGUGGAGCCCCUCGCACCCGCAGCUGCCGCACCUGCAGCAGCAGCAGCAGCAGCAGCAGCAGCAGCAGCAGCAGCAGCACAGGCCCUACAGGUCCCAGCCCUCAGACCUCCUCAGCGACCUCCCUGUGCCGCUGCACCCGCAGCAGCAGCAGCAGCAGCAGCAGCAGCAGCAGCAGCAGCAGCAGGCGAGCCGGCAGCAGGGAGAAGCAAGCGAAAUGUCUUCUUCUCCCUCUAUCAUUGGCCGCGCAACCUCCCGCAUCCUAGCAGCUUUGAGAAGCAGAAGCAACCAGCAGCAGCAGCAGCAGCAGCAGCAGCAGCAGCAGCAACAGCAGCAGCAGCAGCAGCAGCAGCAGCCGCAGUACCUCCGCACAACGUCUUCGCGCAUUUCCUGCGACGGCUUCUUCGACGCACCUCCAUCGGGUCCCUCUCCCCUAGCAGCAGCAGCAGCGCAGCAGCAGCAGCAGCAGCAGCAGCAGCAGCAGCAGCAGCAGCGGCAGCAGCAGCAGCAGCGCCGCCGCUCCUGCCCCCACCCCUCUCGGGACCUCUUUGAAGAACCCCACAGCCUCACAGCAGCAGCAGCAGCAGCAGCAGCAAACCCAAAUUGGGGGCCCCCCUUUGGGGAGGCCCUUGGGGGCCCCCCUUUAGGGUCUCCCCCAGUUUUCCCAGAAGCAAGGCAAGAAGGGGCCCCCGGGGGGCCCCCCUAG